GACUAUAAAUCGGCCAGUGACUGGUGGUUGACACCACGGUGGCUCCAUGAUGCUUUGCGUGAUCAUGACGUAUUUCAGUGUGGGCAGGGGCAGAAUAACAGCCCGGAUUUACUUGUUACAGUACGGAGUACAUGCAGAUCCAGACAGUCGUAUCAGGAUGAACUUCCGUCUUCGCGACUCCACCGUGGAUGACUGUAAGGACAUCGCGCGGAUGUUAAUGGAACUGGCUGAAUAUGAAAAAGUGACAGAUCUUGUGAAAAUUGGGCAGAAAGAUUUGGAGCAGGAUGGUUUUUCCAACACCCCAUUCUUUCGAGGAGUCAUCGCUGAGGUUCCAGAAGAUCAGAAAAGCAAAGAUGGUCAUGUAAAGGUUGGAUACGCUCUCUACUUCUUCUCCUACAGCUCAUGGAAGGGAAGGUGCGUCUACUUGGAGGAUCUGUACGUGAUGCCUGAGUUCAGAGGAAAAGGCAUCGGUAAAGCCCUGAUGAGCAAAGUAGCUCAGUUGGGCCUGGAAGUGGGGUGUACGCAGAUGAACUUUAUCGUUCUGAACUGGAACAAAUCCUCCUUGGAGUUUUACACCAGACAAGGUUGUAUAGAUAUCACUGAGAAACUGGGAUAUCACUGGAUGAGCUGUGGAGAAAACGCCCUGAAGAAACUGGCCAACAGUGACCCAGUAGAUGAGUCCUGAACCCUGGCCCCAUGCAGUUUACCCAAACCAUGUCAUCUUUUAUUUUGUGUUUUAAAGUGUGGGCCCAAAUAUGGAACUGGGGUAGAUAUAACAUAGCCCACAUCUAUUUACCUGUAAAUAAAAACAGUUUACUGCCACACAGUAGAAGAUGGUGGUUUUUUGCAUAAUUAUGAGCUGGAUGUAAGUCAGAAUCUAACAGGUGAAUUUUUAAUAGUAAAAGCCAAAUUAACCUCAAAAAGCUUGUGCAGUUAAAAACCAUAGAAAAAGCCAAGAAUGCAGCUAAAUGAUAGCUCAUAAAUACAUCUAAAUGUUGGUCAAACAAGAAAGUAUUUAUUUCAUCACAUCUUUAGCCUUUGUUUGCUACUGUAAUUAGCCAUUUGUUGCUGCUAUUAAAUUAUCUUUUGGCAAAA